ACUCUUAGUGGAGAGAUGAAGUGUUGCGGCCUUGAAACUGUGAUCAUUUUUGGACUCAUCCAUUAUGGGUCCGCAAUAGUUUGCUACGAAUGCAACAGCGCCAUUAACACCAUGUGCUCAGACACCUUCCUGCCGGAGAGCCUGCGGAGGAACUGCUCGGACCACGAUCGAGGAGUCACUCACACUCUUUGCAGGAAAAUUAUCCAGCAAGUGGACCAUGAAAUCAACGGUAAAACGCCAACCAGCAGGGUUAUUAGAAGCUGUGGAUGGGAUGAAACUAAAUAUAAGGGUGCCUGUUACCAUAGAGCCGGGUAUGGUGGUCGCCAGGAAGUGUGCUCCUGUACCACAGACCUUUGCAACGGGGUUCACAGUCAUGCUUCUCCACGCUUCCUUCUAGCGGCGGUCUUAUUGUUCGUGCUUCAGAAGCAUAUAAGAAGCAAGCUACUUAAAACUGCAAGUCAAAUGCAAGAAUAUGGUGGCGGCACAUCAAGCAAAUCGGGAGAGUUCCAAGAGGGCGCAGAGGGAAGAGAGCGUGGCCAAGAUGGCUUCCAACCACAACAUCAAUACGGAAAAAAUUAUGUUUCUUCUAUAGGUUCCAAUAGAGAUAUAUCAGAUCAAAAUAUAACAACGUACAGCAGCGUUGCAACUGGAAUCUACGAAGCCACAGCAAUCCAGCAUUACCAGAAUCAAAACAUCAGAUAUAAACCCUCUUCGAUUCCGACGUUUAGUUCUCCACCUAAUUCACCAUUAGUUGGACUGGUGUUUGACCCAUCUGCACCUAAUUACAGCGGAUCUAAUGUAAUGGCUGAACGUCACAAUGCUGAUAGACGAAAUUCCUGGUCUUUCUCUCAUCAGGAGCCUAUCGGAUCUGGAGCAAGGAAAAAGAUUGUAAAGAGUCAGGACAAGAGAAAUGCAUACAGCGCUGAUAAUCGAUACCAAGAAAGAUACAAAGAUACAAGUACUGAAACUGAUCGACCCAGAAACAAAGAUAGAAAUUUGGGAUCUGAAUCUACAUCCAGUCUAGACUUUUAUACAGAAGGAGAAAGGAUGGUGUCAGAACUUUGUAAUAUACCUGAUCCAAAUACUAGACAUGAUGCUAAUAAUCAAAAAUGUAACCUAAAAGGAUCACUGAAUGAGGAAGAUGAAACUAAAGCUUCAGGAUCUUCAGAUAUUUUGCUGACGGCUUUAGACAAAAUUAUUAUUCAUGAGCAGAUUCCCAAUCAAAUUGUUCAACUGGCAAUAGAAGCUUGCACUGAUGCUGAAAAUAUUGCCAUUGCUCAUCACAAUAGACCUUGUUUUAAAAAUAUUCACUCAAUCUGCGCUAAGACUAGAUCCAACGUCCAGAAACCAGAUAGUGCAGUAGCAAACUUGCACUCACAGGGAAUACCGUGGGUGAUAAAAAAUUUCAUAUUUUCAUUUGUGAGAAUUUUAGAUGGUUGGAAAGGAGUAAAGGAAUUACUCAGCGAAAAACAUGACACAUUUUCUAGAAUCGAAAACAAAUAUUACAGCCCAAAUAUCAGAGAGUGUUUUGUACAGUGGCAAGCUGUUACAAAAGAAAUGCUCACACAUAUUUAUAAGACGUUUAAAUGUCUAGAUCACGGAUUUACAAUGGAACAAAAAAGUUUUACCCAUAAUUAUUAUGCCACUAACUCAGCAGCACCUCGACACCAAAAUCAGAACAAAUUUCAAUCAGCAAAAGCACAUAUCAGUACUCCGAGGCCUAUUAAUGCUUCUCCACAACCUUACAAUGUAAUACAACCACCGUGGAUACAAAAUCAAACACCAGCGAUGCCACAAAAUUAUAGUGAUAGCCCAUGGUCAGCUAGAUCUAAUGUGACGUAUAAAAAAAUUCCAGUUGUACCACCGUCUAGUUCUCAGACUUUCUAUCCAUUGAAUGAGCACAGCGACAUCGAGAACUAUCAGAAACCGCCGUACAAAUGUGAUCCAUGCAUGAUACGCGAAGCGAAACCUCGUCAAUCUUGGACUAUAACAAACGUUCCUGAUUAUCGAACUUUGGAAGGUGCAUGCCAUGCUGAUCAAAGGGAUCUAUAUACACAAUUGAAACUUAAGAUGGAUGCUGAACUAGGAAAACCAUCCGGUCAAGCUUCUAUGGCAAAUAUGCCGUGCGACUUGCUCCAACGCCGGGAUAUGGAGCUUAAAGCUAAAAUGAUUCCUUUAAGUCAUCUUGAGAAGACAUUGAUACCGAGUAUGGCAUCGACAGCUGAUAUACGAAAUUGUUACGCGCAAAAAAAUAAUAGUUGCGGAGAUACUAAAGAAGAGGCGGAUUUUUUUGCGGCAUGGGGUCAGAUGGUCCAAAAAGAAUCUAGUGAUUUUUUGACUCAUCAUACUCACAACAUUCAAAUACCAUCGAAUGUUGUGGCGGUCUCUAAUAAUAUUUCUGGCCCCGUGCAAUUUCUUGAGCUUGAAAAUGAUGAGUUUCAUGAAAUGUCUAAAGUAUAUAUGAAGCCUGGCAGUUAUAAGGUACCAAUAAAGCCAGCGGAGUCAAUAACAUCGUUUAUGCAAAAUGCUUCACAAGAUGUAUAUGACGGUCACGGUGAAGACUCGUCUUCUUUAAAAGUUAAAGUUCCGUUCUCGCAAGUGACUUUAGCGCCACAGCCGAAGUAUAAUAUAGAAUCAUGGCCGUGUUUGAUGUCCAAACGAGCAGAAGAAAUAUUUAUAAAUGAUCCGAAAUCUUUAGCUAGACCUUCCGUGCCUCCUUUUGAUAGGCGAGGAGUAGAAUCUCUGGAAAUAUUAACCUCCAUGACUGAUAGAGCUUGGGAAGCCGCUAAGCAAUCAGCACCGAAAUUAAUGGAUUUCAUUCACGAAGGAUCCAAGUCAGAUACUGCGAGGCUCUACGACGCAUUAGGAUUGACUGCGAAUGAAGAUUUUUCUGAUAAUUCAAAGUAUUCAAAAUUAACUUUGGAGCAUAGUGAUGCUUGGUCAGCAAUUCUACAGUCUAGUCAAUUUAUGUCAAAACAAGCACCGGCAGUGUGGGAUCAGACAUCAACUAAUAAAGAUUACAUGCUAGACAAAAGUCAAGAUAGUGUUGUUUUUACAGACAAUACAGUAAAAAACCAAAUUGAUGAACAGCACAGAUCAACUGAAAUCGACGAGCACGACAUUGAUGGUUGUAAGAACGAAGAAAUAAAACAAAACGUACGCUGUCCUAGUUUUGAUCAGACCGGAAAUUAUAUUAAAAAUGAAAAUCAGAAGAAAGCUGGCGGAAAACCCAAAGUAGCUGUUUCUGGUACUUGGUAUCACCCUAAAAAAAAGAAACCUUUAUCAAGCACUAUUGUAAAAAAGUUUGAAUCUGUAAUUUUUCAUUUAUCCCAAAUAAAUGAAGCUGCUUUUAUUGAACAAGAUAUGGAUAUUAAAGUGGCGCCAAGAUUUUAUGAAGUUGUAAAGUAUCCAAUGUGUCUUAACGAUAUUUCAACCAAGCUGAAGCAUUCUUCUUAUACUGAAUAUGAUCAAGUUGUCCAAGAUUUUCGACGAAUUUUCAACAAUGUCAGACUCUACCUCAAGACCUAUCCAGAUUCAAUUAUGAAGAAGAGUGUUUAUAAAGUAUCAACUGAAUUCGAAAGGAUUUUAAGUGAAGAAUUUCAAAAUAAAAGCGAUUCGAAAAAUAAACAACACGAUCAAAUUAAAAAACCCGAGAAAGAAAGUCAGCCACACAAAACGGAAGCACAGAAGGAUGAAAUCAAAAAGGAUGCGAAUACGUGUGAAGAGGGGAAGUAGAUACACAUAUUUGUUACAAUAAUGACACAGUUCCUCUUUGUGUUACAUAAAUUCUAGUUUAUAAUAAUUGAAAACCAUUUGAUUUUUGAACGCUUAUUAUUUUGUAUUUCAUUAUUAAUAUUUUCAUAUUUAUUUUUCAAACAAUAAGGUAAAAUCUUAAAAUCUUUUCUUGUAAAAAUGUUCCAAUUACUUGAUCAAUAGAUUUAUUGAAUGAUAUCUAGUCAAACGUUAUUUUAGCAAAUGUCAGUGAUGUUAUCGGAACUAAUAAUAAGAUUAUCAAUUUAAUAUAUAAGUGCUUGCCAAUUUUUUGAUCGGACUUUACGUGCUCCUAUAGAUAGAUAGGAGAUAAACUUUAAUUUCUCUUUAUAAUUCUUCUUUUCUUAUUUUCUUUCUGAUUAGUUAGUAAUUUGUUCUUCUUUACUUGUUAUAGUAAUUGUUGGAUUAAUUAUUCUAUUACACACUAAUGGUCCGUAUUGAUUUCAAAUGUGGCAUCAACAGCUGCAGAAUUUUCAUUGCCACGAUAUAGAACAAUGGGUCCAAACAUCUCUAUUCUCUGUCAUCUUUAUAAUACCAUCUUCUCCAAGGUUAGAUGUUAGUUCUUUUUAUAUUUCAAUCUGUGAUGUAUUAUUAGGUAAAAGUUAAUAAUCUGAAUCGUCAUUCACGCUUAGUUUUACUAGAAUUUUGUAAAUAGGUAUAGUAAAAGAGACAAUUCGAAUAUCAAGUUUGAGGUUUGAUGUUACGAUAGUAAUAUUAUGGUAAUGGCAAAUUUGUUUGAAAAUUUUUAAUUUACUCUCCAUGAAAGGCAUAACGUUGUUUCAUUUUCUAUAUUGUUGUAUAAACUACAGGUAACUUAUUUGUGAAACUAAUAAUAAGUUGACAAUCUCGUUGGUAACCAAACUAUAAUACUUUGUACGCGUGUAAUUUUGCUUUUUUAAUCUCUAAUUUGUUCAUUUUCACUUUCUCACUGUACUGAUUAUUUUUUUAUGAGUUUUUGAUUACAUUUUACCUGCCAUAGGCUUUAAGUGAAUUCCUAACGUCCAUUUAGAUUACUGUUCGGCGAAAAUGUUGGAAAAUGAUUGGCUUUCAAAUUUCAAAAAUUUAACUUGAUGACGUUGAAGUUAAUUUUAAGUAUUCGUUAAGUUGUGAUUUUAUUAUUUAACUUAUUUAUCUAAAAUUAUGGCAAGGAACUCCUAUGAUAAUAAAAGAGUUGUUUCAUAUUA